AUGGCGGCAGCAUUGGAUCCAGGCGAACAGCACUUUCGGUUCGUCAAGUGGGCAGAAAACAACGGUGUUGACAUCAAUGGCAUUGCGCCCGCGCGAUUCAUCGGCCGUGGCAUGGGCAUAGUCGCCUCACGAGAUAUCAAAAUAGUGCAUGUGAAGAAUACCGCACUCGUUCAUGUUGCUUUGCCGUCUAUUAGGGACUUUAAGCUGCCUGAAAACGUCACUGUCCAUGGACGACUUGCCGCUGCGCUAGCACUAUGGUAUACCGAUCGGAAACCACAUGAUUAUCAGCUUUGGCACGAGGUUUGGCCGACUCGGGAGGAUUUCAAAAGUACCAUGCCCUUGUAUUACUGCGAGGAACUACAGUCCCUCUUGCCACGUGCUGCUGCAAAGCAUCUCACAAACCAGCGUGACAAUCUCGAACAAGACUGGAGUGAUGUCAAAGCCGACAUUCCAUCCAUCGACAAGGACCUCUUCACCUACGUCUGGCUUGUCGUCAACACGCGGACUUUCUACUGGGACUACCCGGAUCUGUCAAACGCCCAUCCACGGCUACCCAAGAGAAGAGCCAAACUCACAUCCGCCGACUGCUAUGCAAUGUGCCCCUUCAUGGACUACUUCAACCACUCCGAUUCCGGCUGCGAACCCCAACACAAUGCACACGGCUACUCCGUCCUCGCCGAUCGCGCAUACAGAGCCGGCGAGGAAGUCUACGUUAGCUACGGCCCGCAUACCAACGACUUUUUGCUCGUGGAAUACGGCUUCCUUCUCGAUGCGAACUCUAAUGAUUCUUUACCGCUGGAUGACGUACUCCUGCCGCUUUUGGACGCCCAUCAGGUCACGGCGCUGAAGGAUGACGGGUUCUACGGGAAUUACACGCUGUCGGGUACGGCGCCAAUUAUGUGCCAUAGGACACAAGCGGUGUUGCGGCUCCUUGUGCUCGAUUCGAAGCGAUAUGCUGCCUUUGUUGGUGGCAACGACGAGGACGAUGGAGCGAAGGAUCAGGGCCGUCUGGACGAGUAUCUAGCUGGUGUUCUGGCCAAAUUCUCAAAGCAGAUUGAAGGAAUUCUAGAGGAUGUCGAGGGCGUGGAUAUGGACUCGUCGAAUGUCAGGCCCGCAAAGAGGAGGAAGUCAAAUGGUGAGCAUGAAGCCAGUGAUGGGUUUGGGGCGGCGCAUAAAGGAACGUUGUUAAGGAGGUGGAUACAGAUUCGCGAUAUCGUGGAUAAGGCUGUGGAGGGGUUGGGCUCAUAG